AUGUUGAAUCGUGGAUCCUAUAAAUUGCACAAGCCAACUAAGAAAACUAGCAUGAUAUUGGUAAUUGCCAUGAUUAAGAAACAGAAAGGAGACAGAAACCUUGAGUGGCCUUCUAUGACUGCAUUUAAGUCCCUUCCAUUAAGCAUUUCGUCAACACCAACCAGUCAGAUCUGCUACAACUUUGGGGUUCUCUGGAUUCCAUCUGAAAUAGAUCAUUCGUUCUUGUCAGCCACGAAGCCGCCGAUAUUUGGUUCUUCAAAACAAAAGAACCCUGCAGAUAUUUUGAAAACUUCCAAAUCAGGAAAGAUGAAGACUUCAGUUAUGCAUUCUAAAUUGCUUAUAUCCAUGCUUAAAGCAGUUAGGCAGUACAGAGAUUUCAACUCAGCUAUGUUCUCUAUAGACCAUUUGAAGAUAUUGCUCAAGUAUAACUCUUCCAAUUGUGAGAACCUGGAUAUGGCAUUCAGCAGUAACAUGGAAACGAUUAAUCUUUUGCCACUCCCUCUGGAUAUUUCUUCUGCGAUUUCAGCACCUUCCAAAUCCUACAACCUCAUAUUAGUCCAUUCCAUAUUUCCCAAUAAAAUUGAUCGUAUUGUCCUUCAACGCUUCUACGAAGUGCUGUCAUAG